AUGGUUAAGCUUGACUUCAGCUUAGACUACGCCGUGAAGAUCAACAGGAAUGCCCAGGCGGGGGGGGGAGCGAACAAACUUACAUAUCAAGACACACAGACAGCCAUGCGCCAUAAGAAAGCACCGACCAUCACCACGCUUUGGCUCGAAGACGACACGUUAGUCCCGUUUGUGUGGCUGGCGAUGUUGGCUCUGGGCACACCCCUGGCCGUGGGUGGUGCGGCUGUGAGUGUACUGUAUGUGCUGCUGUGUGGGGUGUGUCUCGGGGGAGCGGCGUUGAGCUAUGGCCAACGACGCGAGGCCAAGGUGUACAAGUGCAAACUCGUGUGCCAUUCACAGCGACAGCUACAGACGACCACGCAGGAGCCACGUGCG